GUGGUGAUCAUCUCCUCCUCGCCAGUACCAUACAUCUCGCCCAGCAUGUCAGGGUCUACGCCCCCCGCAGACAUGCCUCCCCUCUUUACGUCUGCCCCUACCAUGUCAUGGAAGGUCUCCGACAAGCUCCUCCUGGCUCAGGCAGUACAUCACCUCGGUGAGGCGCCCCCCAAUUGGGUCAACGUCUCCAAUCUGAUGCUCGCUCAUCCCCUCAUCAAGACUCCGGGUCGCCUAAAGGCGGCGCAGGAGGCUGGCACCACACUCGUUCGCGUAUUCGGCAGCAGAGAGUGUGAGAGAACCUGGACAGCGCUCAUGAGGAGCAACAAUCUCGUCAUCGGAGGCGAAGAGGAAGUGGAGAGCUCAGCAGUGAUCUUGAAGCAAAGGCCCAAGGAAGCCCGAGGGCUGCCCCCGAAGAUGGACCGUAAGAGCCAGCUGGCACUGGCACAGAUCCUUUAUGCGGAGAGAAUGGAAGAGCUGAGAGACAGCAUCAAGAAGAAGGAAGAGGAGUUCAAGGCGCUCAUUGCGAAGAUCGACCGCCUCAAAUCAGCAGAGGCAGACAGCCAGCUGCAGGAAGAAUUGGCGAAGCAGGUACCCCCGGCUGUCCAACCCUCUAGCGGUGCUGCAUCCUCAUCCAAGGCUGAUCAAUCUACGUCCGCCACCGGUCGCACCUCUCCGGUCCCUCUACCUCAGGAUACCUCUAUGGCCGGCCAACCACCCCCUAGUCCCACCUCGUUGCGAGCUCGAGUACGAUCCAACAGAGGCCGCGCGCCAGACACACCGUCAGAGGCUGCAAAUCUGUCCCACGGUCGCAGUGCCGAGCACAAGGAUAUCACUGCGGCGUCCGGAGAUGGUGAAGAACCCGCAGGAAUGGAGCAGACCGAAGCAGAAGGGGUGGAAGCAGCGCUUGGUGGCCCUCAAUCUGCAGAGGACAAGGGUGACGCUGAUGAGUCCAACCAUUUCGCAGAGUCCUCGAAAGGCCCGAAAAGAGAGCGCUCGCAUGAGGACGCAAAUUCAGAGGCCGAGGAUGAGGAAGACAAGAAUGUGGACUCAGCCAGCAAGGCUAAUGCUCGCGAGGCGAAAAGAACCCGAUCCUCCACGAUCAACAGCACAACAGCAAACACCGAAGAGAUGGAGAGCGCUUCGCCGCUUUCUGCGAAGAAAGCCAGACCAGCACCUCUCCAGCGUCGUUCCCGUCGAGGCGAGCCGGCUCCAGAACCAGAAGAGUCCGCAGGAGCGGACGCAGGGGAUGCGGUAGUCACACCUACAAGGCCUACUGCAACAACGCGUCGAAGCGCACGGCAGUCUCGAGAAGCGUCGGCUGUUGAAGACGUCAGCAUGGAUGAGGAGAUCGCAGAUGAAGAAGGCAAGGAUGUCGGCGACAGUCCGCUUCUUCCCGCCCGAGGUGGCAAGAGGGAAGGACCUCGUCGUGCUUCUAGCUCAGCCCGUCACAGCGUCGACAGCGGCAGGGAGCGGGAAAAAGACAGCGCCAAGGACAGGAACAAGGAAAGGGAGAAGCGCCGAAAGGCUAAUGAGAAGCUUUUGCUGCAGAUCUGGACCGAAGUUAGCGCCCAUACUCACGGUAAUCUUUUCCAGAAUGAAGUCAAGGAGUCGGAUGCACCUGACUAUCACGGCCUCAUCAGGCGUCCAACGUCCCUCAAGACCAUCAAGUCGCAAAUCAAAGAGGGAGAAAUAACUACAGCAACUCAGAUGAGGCGCGCAUUCAACCACCUCUUCGCAAAUGCCAUGAUGUACAACAGGCCAGGUAGUGAAGUCAGUAGAAUGGCCAAAGAGAUGCGACAGGCCACGGAAAGUAUCAUCGACCGCUUCGAAGAGACUAGGAGUUUGAGUGCUCGCCGAUGAGACUGCCGAUGUAUAGAGAGCCGGGUGUGGGUGGGAUGGUCUCGACUUUGUCAUGUCAACCCAUGUGAUUCUUUCAUGACAAUGUGACUUACUUCACAACCUCAUUUGAUCCUGCC